GGGGGGCUCCUGGCCGGGGGUGCGGCCGGGGGUGUCCCCCUCUGCCCGGGCUGACCCCGCUCCCCCUCCCCACCUCCCCAGUCCCUCCCAGAGGAAGCGGCCGCGGCCCCGCCUGCGUCCUCACAGUGUCUGGGGGUCCCUGCAGAGUCUCUGCCCACCAUGGAGCUCCUGCUGUUGGUGCUGCUGGCCACGACUCUGGCCACUGGCGUCCCCCCACGCCGGCCAGACCUUAAGAGUGCCCUCAGGGAGAUUGAACUGAGUAUGGCCCCCAACUCCUUCGAUGACCAGUACUCGCGCUGCCGCAUCAAAAUGGCGAAGGCGCUGAGGGCGCUCAACCGCACUGAGUUUGCCACCAACAGCGACUACGCUGACGCCUGGCGCAAGGCCACCAUCAAAUGGCACAGCCGCAAAUUUGUGGGGUCCCGGCUGCGGCGGGAACAGGCCAUCGCCCUCAUGGCCUACUCGAUGGAGGAGGGCCUGUACUUGGAGUUCAACAGGGCCGUGCGCAGCGCGGGGCGCUCCCUCCAGGAGUACCUGCGCAACUUCCCCUUCAAGGUGGUGCAUUUCCUGCUGACCGAGGCCCUGGAUGACCUGCGGGAUGAGGAGACCCACCCCCGCUGCCUCGAUGUGUACCGGGGUAUUGAAGGGAUCCGGUUCAUCACUGAGCCUGGCAGGACCAUCCGCUUUGGCCAGUUCGCCUCCAGCUCCCUGCUGAAAAAUGUCAGCGAGCACUACGGCACCGACACCUUCUUCGAGGUGCACACCUGCCACGGCGCCAACAUCCGAAACUUCUCCAACUACCCGAACGAGGAGGAAGUCCUCAUCCCGCCCUUCGAGACCUUUACUGUCACCAGUGUCACCCAACAAGGGCACAAAACCCACAUCGAGCUCCGCUCCCACGGCGUGUACAGCAAAUACAACUGCGCGUGGCUCCGAGGCAGCAGCAUCCACAGGGAACCCCCAAGCCUCACUGGGCUCCUCCUGGCAAUGCUGGCCCUGGCAGUGGCCACCGGCACCCCCUGAGCCACGAGGACACCGCUGUCACCUCU